CUCUGAACAAGUCGUGACAUGAGCAGAACCAAACUUUGACAUGGGAAACAAUAUAUCAGAGGUUUGCACUAAGAUAGCCAGCGGCCACACGGUGCAUGAGGUCGACUGCGCCACUAAAGAGAAGAUCGACAAGCUUUUGCCGGGGCCGUGCGUGGACGUGGUGCUGCUGAGGCCCCACAACUGGGUUGUACUUCGCAGAUUUCUUAAAAUUCACGAGAAGGUCUACAACUUCCAGUUUCGACCAGACGAUGUAGUGGUGAUGACAUACCCUAAAUGUGGUACCACAUGGAGCCAGGAGAUCGUCUGGAACAUGAGGAACAACCCAGACCUUGAUAACCCAGACGCAGACGACGCACUCUUCAUACGCAGCCCCCAACUUGAGUGAGAUUCAUAGGGCAAAUUUGUUACUAGCAUUUGGGCUGAAUACUUCUUACUUGUAGCUGGAAAUGCUAAGAAACUACCUAGGGGAUCUACUAACAAUAAAUCGCAUUCAGGUCAUGUAAUUCCUACUUAUAACUGGAAAUGCUAAAAAACUAUUUUUGGGUUCUACUAACAAUAAAUCACAUUCAUGUCGUGUACUUUCUACUUAUAGCUGUAAAUGCUAACAAAUUAUCAUGGGAUUUUUGUA